GAUUUUUUUUUAGGACUGAACAUGCUAUAUGUAUUUAUAGGCAUACUAGAACUCUCCCAGAGAAAGACAAAUAGCAAAGGGAGACAUUUCUUUUCUGAACUAGAAUAAGCAGAAAGAACAUGAAAAUUAUUCUAGUAUUGGUCUUUAUGAUUUCUCUAGUAAUUUCAGGUAGACUAGACAGUCAUCACUUGGAAUCAGCAACUCCUGAGCCUAAGUCAAGAUUUGCUAUGUCUGAUGAUGUGCAUUUGCUGGCCACAGGACUACUCCAGCUUGGGCGUGGCCUUCAAGACUUUGUCAUCAAAACCAAAACCCAAAUGGAUGACAUCUUUCAAAGGCUUAACAUUUUCGACCGAUCUUUUUCUGAGAUCUUGCAACAAACCAAUGAAAUGAAAGAAGAAGAGCAGCAGUUAAAAAAAGCCACAACUAGAUUGCAAGCAACUGAGGAAGAGAUGAGAAAUGUAUCUUUGCAGCUUAAUUCCAAAAUAGACUUCCUUUCCAUUGAGAAGAUUCAACUGAACAACAAAGUAGGGAAACUUGAAGAAAAAAUAACUGAACUCGUACAGACCCAGCUUGAUAUCCAUGAGCCAAGAGAAAUUGCCUCACUUAAAAAUUUUGUUGAACAGCAAGAUGGCCACCUCAAACACCUUCUCAAAAUUGUUCAACUGCAACAUGCUCAGCUCACAAAACAGCAAGGGCAAAUACAGGACCUGGAGGAAAAGAUAAACAGCCCCAAUUUUCAAGAGGACUUGGAAUUAUUUUCUGUGAAGGAAGAUGACAGACAUCCUAAACUGAAAAAAACAUCUAAAAAUAGCAAUUCUAGAGGUAAUGCUACUGAUUGUACUUGGAUUUACAACUCAGGGGAAAGAUCUAAUGGGAUUUAUUCUAUUAAGCCCAAUGGAUCCAAGGCAUUUAAUGUUUAUUGUGAAAUGGAAGGAGAAAACCCAUGGACAAUUAUUCAGAAGAGAUCCGAUGGAUCAGUAGAUUUCAAUCAAACUUGGGAGAGCUAUAUAGAUGGAUUUGGUAAUCUUGAUGGAGAAUUUUGGCUGGGCCUUCAAAAGAUCUAUUCCAUUGUAGAUCAAACUGACUACAUUCUGCGUAUUGAGCUUGAAGACUGGAGAGCUAACAAACGUUAUAUUGAGUAUACAUUCAAAAUGGAAGGUCCAGACAGAGAUUAUGCGCUCUUUCUCUCUAGGAUUACUGGGAAUAUUCCAAAUGCUCUACCUGAACAGAAAGAAAUUAAAUUUUCUACUAAAGAUCAUAGCAACAGCACUGAAAGAAAGCUUAACUGCACAGAAAGUGACUCAGGUGGCUGGUGGUACAAUGUAUGUGAAGAAACAAACCUGAAUGGAAGAUAUGUCAGGUCAAGCUCAAAAGGAAAACUAGAGAGGAAGAAACGAGGACUGUAUUGGAAGCCUCAGAAAGGAAAACCUUAUCUUCUCAAGUCAACCAAACUGAUGAUAUAUCCUACAGAUUUUGAAACAUUUGACUGAACAUUAUCAAAGUUUAUCUAAGAAACUGCUAGCUACUUCAGUCUUCAGCCCUUUCUGCCGUACAAAGAAAAUCAUAUUAAGGAUGUAAUCAAACCGUAAUAAUAUUAUUCCUUUGGAUAUAUA